AUGUCGACCCUCUCGCACCUCGAGCCCGCGAUCGAGCGCCUCACCCCCUUGUCGCUCGCCGAGACGGCGUGGGACAACGUCGGCAUCCUGGUCGACGCUCCCGAGCCGAGGGACGCCGUCGCCUCCUCCAACAAGCGUCGCAUCGUCACCUGCAUCGACCUGACGACCGUCGUCUGCGAUGAAGCGCUCUCGGACCCGUCGACGACCGCCCUCGUCACGUACCACCCGCCCAUCUUCUCGGGCCUCAAGGCGCUCACGCUCGCCAACCCGAUCCAGCGCUCCCUCCUGCGGUGCAUCGCCGCCGGCGUCCCCGUCCUCACGAUCCACACGGCCGCCGACGCCGCCGUCGGCGGCACGAACGACCUCAUGGCCGGCGGCCUGCUCGCCGCGGCGGGCUCGAAGCACCUCGACGGCGAGGGCAUGGUCAUGAGCGCGCCCGAGGGGCACAAAGGGUGCGGAGGAGGACGCAUCGUCGACCUCGUCGAGGGUGCAGGGAGGAAGCUCUCGCGCGACGAGACGGUCAAGGCGGUCAAGGCGCGCCUGAACCUCAAGCACUUGCAAGCGGCGUGGUCGCCGACGGGCUCGGACGACAUCUCGACGGUCGCCAUCUGCGCCGGCAGCGGCUCGGGCGUCCUCAAGGGCGUCAAGGCCGACCUGUACCUCACCGGCGAGAUGGGACAUCACGACAUCCUCGCCGCAAACGCCGCCGGCAUCCACGUCCUCACCUGCAACCACUCUGCGACCGAGCGCCCCUGGCUGUCGUACUUUGCGCCGCGCCUCGAGCGCACGAUGAACGAGCUCGCAAAGGGCGAGGCCGAGUACGAGGUGCGCGUCAGCACGGCCGACCGCGAGCCGCUCGAGGUGGUCUAGUCGAGCCCGAGCCGAGUUGAGGCGUGCAACUCCUUUGCUCUCGGCCUCUCGCGCUCUC